UUCCUGAAAUGCCUUUGACUCCUGUUACCUGUUGCACUCAGAUGACACCGACCGGUUUUUGGGUUUCAACAGUGACGCCUACUAUUGUGCACCACAUGUUUGCAUCUGUAGGGCUUUAAGAUUCCACAAACCAGGUAUUUCGAACUUGAGCUCUUUUUCGUUUUUCUCGUUUGACUGGAUGACUGAGAGAGUUUUAGGGAGGAGGGAAAAAAAACAAUCUCUCGUCGGUAGAGUUUCUGCUCUGGUCGUCGGUUCACCCUCUGUCAUCGGCCUUUACCGUCUUCUCAUACUGUACAGCUUUGACCCGGAAGAAGAUGGUCGGAGGUGGUCGGUGAUGAAGAGCCGGCCGUGAUGAAGAGCCGUGAUGAAGAGCCGUGCAGCCUCUGCUGAUCUGAUGCCGAACGUCACCGACACACAGUUUUUGAAGAACGUCGUCGUAUAAACAGUGAAACCGCCCGGUGUCGCUGUAGCUUCCGUAGAAUCCUUAUCUGCUUGUGCACUCUGUGUGGCACCUUCGUCCUGUUGUUCAUCUACGUGGGCAUCGUGGUGUGUAUGAGCAUGAACGGCACACCAACCCCGUUGGCUAUCAUCAGAGUAAACCCGCUCAUCGUUGCGACGGGAUCUGAGACGUUCUGGCAGAGGCCGAGCAGAGAGGCUUAUUGGAACAGCCUUCAAGAAGCCGUGGACUUCCACUUCAACCCCGUGCUGAAUUCCAAAGACCCCAGUAUAGUGUUUCACGACAGCAUCUUUUACGAGUUUGUGCGAAAGCGAAGUUUUACUAAAGUCUCUGCCACUGCUGAGAAGUUAGACACCAGUCAGUAUCCACCAUUACUCCAAGACUUUGUGAACAACAUGGAGAGGAGGGACUACCCAGUCCUCAUACAGCCGGGUGGGCUGUGUGGAGCUGGGGCAAAAGACGAGAACGAGCCUCCUCUGAUUCUCCUGGCCAUCAAGUCGUCGGAGCUCAACUUUAAGAACAGACAAGCCAUUAGAAACACCUGGGGUCGUGCAGGGUGGGUGCCGGGCCAGAGCGACAGAGGAGGAGAGCGGAGGGGAGGGGGCUACGUCCGCAGGAUCUUUCUGCUCGGCAAAGAAAACUUUGAGGAUCUGGGAGUCAACACAACUUCGCUCCUGCGGACGGAAAAUGAACUCUACGGAGACAUCCUGCAGUGGGACUUCAAGGACACAUUUUUCAACCUCACUCUGAAGGACGUGCUGUUCUGGAAGUGGUUUUCACACCACUGCGGCUCCACGAAAUUCAUCUUCAAAGGUGACGACGACGUCUUCGUUAACACUCACAGAAUGUUGACUUACCUCCAGGAGCAGCUCCAGAAGCCAGGAGCAGAAGAGACCAUGAAAGACUUCAUGGUCGGUUAUCUCCUUGGUUCAGUGGAACCCAUUCGAGACGUGUACUCCAAGUACUUCAUCCCUGACACCUUCUACAAAGGCCUGUAUCCCACAUAUGAAAGCGGGGGAGGGGUCAUUUACACGGGCCAGUUGACCAAACGCCUGUACGAAAUAUCUCAGCGCGUUCACCUGUUCCCCAUCGACGACACUUUUGUGGGCAUGUGUAUGAGUCGACUAAACGCCAUGCCCAGCCACCACCCCGCUUUCCUCAUAUACGACUUUAAUGCAAAAGAAGCAGAAGCCGAAUGUUCGCACCACACGGUCCUGCUGCUGCACAAACGGAGUCCGGCUCAGUUAAUGAGUCUGUGGAACAACAUGAAAAUGACGGAGGAAAAGUGUUGGAACGCCACGUUAAGAACCAGCGAUUCUGAAGGAGAGAACACGCCGUCCACCAUGACACUUCCACCGUGACACUUUCAUCGACAGCUGCCCAAAAUGGAUGAAAAGGCCCACAGGUUCUUCUCACCUGGGGGUGAAGGGGUCAUUAUUCCUAUGGAGGGAACUGACACUCACAGAUUUUAUAGUUAAUAAUAUGAGCCAGGAGAGUCAAAAAGUUCAAAGACAAAGACCAAAAAAAAUUCCUCCAUGUUUUCAGUCUGUUUUCUUCUUUGGUGAUGUUCCCAUCAGACGAUUGGCCUUCUUUGUAGAAUACUGGAGGAUGACCUUUGACAUCUGUGUGUGAGACCCUCAUCCUAAUAUGGGUGAAGAUGAGAUCAUUUGUCUUAGAACUUUUUGACUAACCCUAAUGUUUUGCAGGGCUGAUCGUGAUUAUUGUAAAAACUGUUAAUGAAGAAAAAAAAAACGUUUGUCUGGAGAAGAAACAGUAACUUAUAGGGAGCGUCACAUAGCACCAGUAGAUGGCAGUAUUGCAGCUCAAAAGUCUGCCAGCUGCCAUUUAAAACUCAGAAACAUGUCAGGAGGAUUAGCCACGCCUGAGAAAACAGGACUGUGACAAAUAUCUUACUAACACUUUCUUUGUGUCGCAAGGCAUUUUACCACGAACGGAAACGAGUGUUUGAAUGAUUGUAUCACGAUCAGCCACACACCAACGCACAGUUCCUGAUCUGUGAACUUGAAUGCACCUCUGAAGGACGUUAACGCGUUCCUGAACCAUGAAGAAAAGUUGAAGUUCGGACCAAGUCUGUAUAAAACCCUACUGAUGAAGAAGAGAACUUCAUAAAAAGGUUCUUUUAGUACUUUUGUUAAUUUAAAGUGUAUUCUCUACUAUAGUACACUGCCGUUUAUCAGAAUACUUCAUAUUACUGUGGUUUUCUUGGAAACUAAGAAAAUACUACAGGAUUACUGUAGUUCUACACAGUUUGGGACAAUUUUUCUUUCAAAUUUUUUUCUCUGGGAAAGUCGUUCAUCUAAAACUUGUCCUGUACUCUGAUGGUGUACCAAAUACUACCUGUGAAUGAAGAAAUAUUGUGUUAAAGGACACAUUUUUUUUAUUAUUUGAAUUUUUAUUUUUAUACAUGACUUGUUUUAUUCUCUUGGUGAAACAAAUGUAAUGUGAACAUGAAUUAUAUAAAAAUGUUUUUCUUU